ACCUCCGGAGGAGCGUCGCUCUGAUACGGCAGCACUCGGAAGUGACGUCAUGUGUUGUGAAUUGAGAGGGAGUUCGUAUGCGUGUUCGCGGAUUACGGGAAGAAAAAUAUAUUCUCAUAUAAAACUGUUAUCAGAAAACUGGGGUUGGACUUCGUUUUUAGGUUUAAUGACAUCACAGACAGGUGUAUAAUUAAAAGAUCAUGCCUGAAAUCAAAGUCAAGCAUGUUGUGUCCUGCAGCAGUGAGGAUAAUACUCACAAAGCAGACAACCUCUUGAGCUCUGACACUUACAGGAAGUGGAAAGCUGCAAGACCCGGAGAGAAACAAGUUUCAGUCAUUCUUCAAUUUGAAAAGGAAGAGCAGAUUCACAGUAUAGAUAUUGGGAAUGAAGGUUCUGCGUUCGUUGAAGUCCUUGUCGGUCAUUCCACAUCGGUCAAAGAUCAAGAUUUUGAGGUUCUGUUGGUCACAUCGUCCUUCAUGUCUCCUACAGAGAGUCGAAACGGCACAAACACAAACAGGGUUCGCUUCUUCAGCACAAACCAGCUGGUCAAGGCCACGGCGCAGGAGAAAUGGGACCGUGUGAAAAUAGUCUGUACUCAGCCUUACACCAAGACAACAGCUUAUGGCAUCACCUUUAUAAAGUUUCAUUCACCACCAGACGGCAGUGAAGAACCGAGCACAUCUCCAGCUAAAUUAACCAAACUGGGUCAGUUUCGAGUUAAAGACGAGUCUCCGUCCUCUGGCUCCAGUAUUCAGCCUGGCAGUCUGUUCUUCAAUAGAGAGAGUUCAUCUAAACCUACCGCAGGACUUAAAGCGUCUCCUCAGAGCAGCAGGUUGAGUUACGCUACGGCCGCUCUGAAGACUGAAGGUCCAUCUGCUCAGGGUUCAAGCAGCACCGGCACCCAGCAGGCUCCUGUAAAGAGGAAGUUUGAGUUUAGUAAGGAGCGUCUGGAUGCCGCGGGUCCUCCGUCUAAACGACCCACAUCAUCAUCUGAACCCCCCACCCCUGUGACGCCUAAACCUAAAGCAAACACCAGUCCCACCACUAAACCUUCUCCAGCCCAGAAGACUGAAGAAAAGAAGCGAGAGAGUCCAAAAUCAAAGCCAGAGCCCAAACCCAAGGCCAAACCCGCUAAAGCAGUGCCUUUAAACCGCAUCAUGGAGGGAGUAGUGUUUGUUUUGAGCGGCUUUCAGAAUCCUUUCCGUGCAGAACUGAGAGAUAAAGCUUUGGCCAUGGGCGCUCGAUAUCGACCCGACUGGACCUCAGACUCCACGCAUCUCAUCUGUGCUUUCUCCAACACACCCAAAUACAGUCAAGUGAAAGCGGCCGGUGGCACAAUCGUCAGAAAAGAGUGGGUACUCGACUGUCACAAACGAAAAGAGAAGAUUUCCUUUAAACGGUAUCUUAUGGAUGGAGCCGAGUCCAGUUCAGAGAGUGAUGAAGAAGAAGAGGAGGAGAGUGAAGAGGAAACAAAAAGAGUUGUGAAAACUCCAGAAAAGAGGGAUGUGACACCAAAAAAGCAGCCCAUCAAGAAAGAGGAGGACGAGUAUGAAGCUUCAACAGAUGAAGAAGCCCAAGAAGAAGAUGUGUCUGGCAUGGACACUGAAGAUGAACUGAACAGGGUGGAGAUGGAGAGGAAGAAGAAGGGAAGCGUCGCUGACGUUAAAGAUGAAGAUCCGUACGGCGGCUCCACUGAUGAGAACACAGACGCUGAGGAAGAGGAAGAUAAACCCAUCCCUGAGCUUCCAGACUUCUUAACAGGAAAGUUCUUCUAUCUUUACGGCACGUUCCCCGACAACCAGAAGAGACAACUUCAGCGUUACAUCAUCGCCUUUAACGGAGCUGUUGAAGACUACAUGAGCGAGAAGGUGCAGUUUGUUGUCACCAGUCAAGGAUGGGAUGAAUCCUUUGAAGAUGCCCUGAUGGAAAAUGGAAAUCUGAGCUUUGUGAAGCCCUCCUGGAUAUUGGCCAUCAAUGACAGGCAGAAGAUGUUGCCGUAUCAGCCGUACACAGUUGUCCCUUAAGACGACAGUAAUCAGAGUAAUGAGCUGAGUAGACCCGAGUCGUCUCAAACCAGAAAUCAAACCUCUUUGAUGGAACAGAACAGAUGUUAAACCAAAUGUCUGAGCUGCUGUUAUAAUGAUGGUGAUUUUAUUUUGUCAUCAAGGUCCAAAAACAACAAAUAAACAAGCAAAUCUAGUCCAAACAUCUAAAGCCAAGUGAUUCCUCUGGGCUGAUGUCAAACCCUUCAUGAUGUGUUUUGUUAAUUGAGGUCUGUUCCUCAUGUAAUGCCUACAGAAGACUGUUAUAUAAUUAUAUGGGAUUAUAACCCUAUGGAUGAAUUUUAUUUGUCUUGACACGGCUCUUAGUUACUCUCUGUCUAUCUUCUUGUGAUGUUUAGAAAGUCAUACGAGGUUUGAUGGACAUGAAGAAAGUUAAUGAAUUGUCAGUAACAUCAGCAUAUGUCACGUGAUUCAGACUGAACCGCACAGAUCUAAAGAUGAAAGACAUGCUGAUUUAUAUUUAUGAGCUCUCACCACAGACGUCGGUUCACCCGCAAUUAAAAAGUGCAUUUAUUAAGCUGUUUAUGAAUCCUUUAAAUAUUCAUUUUUAAAGACUUGGAGUCUCAGAUCUGACUUUCGCAGAACAUUCAUAUUCAUGUGUAUUUAGUUAAUUAUUCAUAGCUGUUUUAUAUUCAUGGCGGUUGCCCUCAUUACUCUGUUUAAAUCCAGGACGUCUAUCUGUAGGUGUGUCUUUGUGAUUAAUAUUUCACGAAUAUUCAAAUGAGAGUGCAUUAUUUAAGAAAUAUUAAUAGGAAGUACCUAGACACCCGAUGUAAAAACUUCCUCAUUAAUGACACACGGCACAUUCUUGUGUUUUUUUAAUGUCAUGAGAUUAUUUUAAUAUUUUAUUGGACUUGUGGUUCAUGGUGUUUAUUUUGAAUGUCUGUAGCAUUUUUCAGUGUCAUUUGUUUUCUAGUUUGAAAUAGUUCAUAAUAAAGGUUUGAAAAUACACUCA